UAUCCAGAAGUUGAAGAAUCUUCCUUUGAAUUUAAGGAUUGUGUGCCUUUAAUGAGAGGAUGACUUUUCAAUUUAAUUUUUCUAUAGAAAACCAUCUGGAAAAUGAAUCAACACCGCUUGGAGAUGGAGCUUCGGCCCUAGAUUCCUCCAAAGGGCCUUCACUCUCAGAAAGUAAAAAAGGUAAACAUAGGGACAGAAAAUGUUCUACAGAACAGUUUGACUGGCCUCAGGAUCAUUUGUCGGAACAUAAGCCAGUGGGAAAUGCAGCUGCCUCGCAAGACACCGACCGCUCACUCAGUGCAGCAAAUAGCUCAAAUAACUUGGAGCCACAUGAAAAACAUCCCUGCAUGAGUGUUGCCAAAGAGCAUCCUAUGCCUAAAGAUUUAAAGAAAGUGUUAGAAAACAAAGUCAUAGAAACAUUAUCAGGUCCCCAACAUGUUAAUGUAUCAAUAGUGAAAACCAUCUUGUUGAAAGAGAACUUCCCUGGAGAAAAUAUAGUUUCACAAAGCGUUUCUUCUCACUCUGAUCUGAUUACUGGUGUUUAUGAAGGAGGCUUAAAAAUCUGGGAAUGUACCUUUGACCUGCUGGCUUAUUUCACAAAGGCCAACGUGAAAUUUGCUGGGAAAAAAGUGUUGGAUCUUGGCUGUGGAUCAGGGUUGCUGGGGAUAGUUGCAUUCAAGGGAGGGGCCAAAGAAAUUCAUUUUCAGGAUUAUAACAGUAUGGUGAUUGAUGAAGUAACCUUACCUAAUGUAGUGGCUAACUCAACUUUGGAAGGUGAAGGAAAUGACGUAAAUGAACCCGAUGUGAAAAGAUGCAGGAAAUCAAAAAUAACACAAGAAUUAUGUAAAUGCCGGUUCUUUUCAGGGGAGUGGUCUGAGUUUUGUAAGCUUGUACUAAGUAGUGAAAAGUUCUUUGAAAAAUAUGAUCUCAUUCUCACCUCAGAAACCAUUUACAAUCCAGAUUAUUACGAUACUUUGCACCAGACAUUCCUUAGAUUGCUAGAUAAGAAUGGACGGGUGCUCUUAGCCAGCAAAGCACAUUAUUUUGGUGUAGGUGGAGGUAUUCAUCUCUUUCAAAAGUUUGUGGAAGAAAGGAACGUAUUUGAGACUAGAACACUCGAAAUAAUUGAUGAAGGACUAAAGAGAUUCCUAAUUGAAAUGGCUUUUAAGUAACUGAGUUAUUGUCCACUGAGUGUCCUAAGUGAAAUAAAAAGAAUAACCAAAAA